AUGGCAGCAACAAAUGAGCAACUUCAACAAGCAGUUGAAAGUUUCUUUCUUCUGUUCAAUGGCGUGGUCAUCUUUUUAAUGAGCUUUGGUUAUACGCUCAUUGAAUCAGGCGGUGUACGAAGUCAAAAUGCAGGUCAUAGUCUAUUUAAAACUCUUCUUAUUCUUAUUACAUCGGCAUUGGCUUUUUGGAUAACGGGUUAUGCAUUUGCAUUUGGUGGAAACGGAAACGUUUUAUUAGGUACACGGUUUUGGGCAAGUGAAGGUCUUGGCGCUCGUUAUCUUCAUCCCGGAGUAGAAAAUUACACGACGUCGAAUAAUGUUCUAAAAUUGAAUAAUCAAGAUCCAUAUAUAAAUUAUUUUUAUAAUUAUAUGUUGGCAUUUCUUGUAACAAACAUAGCAGCUAGUGCAUUUGCCGAGCGUUGUCGAGUACCUGUUUAUGUACUUUUCUCGAUCGUUAUGUCUGGGUUCGUCUAUCCAUUCCUUGCACACUGGAUGUGGGGUCAAAAUGGUUGGCUUGGUGCGGUUGUGGGCGCACGCGACUAUGGUGGUAGUGCAAUCAUUUAUUUAACAGCUGGUGUUGCUGCUUUAAUCGGAACAAUCUUUCUCGGGCCGCGUUUUGGCCGAUUCGAACCGCGUACAUUACCCUUGUUUGGUCAUAGCAUUCCGGUUACAUCUGUUGGCGCAAUUCUCGUUGCAUUCGGUUUCUUUGUACUCAAUUCAGGAGCUGAUCAUCGUAUUACAGGAAAAGCUUAUGGCGAUCGAGUUGGACAUGGACUCGUCAAUACACUUCUAUCAGGAGCUACAUCAGGUGCAACUUAUUAUCUUUUGCAACGUGUCAUUGAAAGCAUGGGAGAACAAGCUCGUCAUUUGAAACGACGUGUCUUUUUAUCAACGGUUAAUUCAAUUCUUGCCGGAAUGGUUGCUGUUGCUGGUGGAGCUGUGGCUUAUAAUCCUUGGUCGGCUGUCAUCAUCGGAGCUAUUGCUGCAUUAAGUUUCUUGUUAUGGAGUAAAUUAUUAAUUAAACUUCAAGUCGAUGAUCCUGUCGAAACUGCUGCAGUUCAUAUUGGUGGUGGUUUAUGGGGUAUCUUUGCAGUUCCGAUCUUUCGACGAACAGUUGGACCAAAUAUCAAUGGAGGAUUCGUUGAGGAUGUCUUUAAUUCGAUUAUCUAUCGAAUUAGUGCUGGAGAAAGCUGGCGGGGUCUACUUAAUUCAUUGUGUACGGCUGCAGUUGUCAUGGCAUGGACCGCUGUCUUCGUUGCCCUUCUAUUUCUUCUACUGAAACUACUUAAUUUAUUAAAAGUAUCCAAAGAAGAAGAAUUACGAGGUAUUGACUUGUUCCAACAUGGCGAACCGGCAUACGCACUUCGCAUCUACUGCGCUGCAUGCGGAGAACAAUUACAAGGCAAAACUAUUGAACAAGAAGCUACUGCUGGAGGUGUUCGUACCAAUUUUCCAACCAUCGUCACUGAUGCUGAAGGGGAACCGAAGAAAGCUAAUUGUAUUUGUUCAACUACAAGUGAUUAUUUUCAGCAUAUGUGCUCGAUGAUAUGCGUGGCCAUCGUCCCUAUCGAAUAUUUCAGUGAACGAAAUGGAUCGACCGGUAGCGCAAAUGGCACCAAAGUCAAAUCCGUAAACGAAGACAAUCGUGUUUAA